UUGGGCGAUGAAGGUGAAGCAGUUGUAAGUUGUACGCGUCGUAUUGUGCAGCGUUUUUACUCCAAGUUGCCAACGUGCUCGAAAUCCUUCCUUGUGAGGAGAGCGGAUCUACAGUGUGUUGAGGAGGCGGGUUAGAUGCACACAAAGCCGAGAAGCCGAGUGUUCGUGAUAAGAACAGCUUUAGGUGGAUGCUGGUGUGAGAGCUCACCUUGCUGGGUUUUGAAUGCUCCUGGUUGUUAAAUUCAUCUUCAACCUGAGGAAACAUCUCCGCAACGGUGGCGCCAGUUAAACCCAGCCAGUUCGUGUUUGGACGAUGGUAGGAGACAUGGCUAAUUUUGGAGAAGCAAAGCAGGCUGAAGAUGGAACUGGAGACAUCCCCCCUUCAGAUCUGAAAGGUAUUGAAAUUGAAAAUGGAAAUACCAGCUCAGACAGUACAGAAUCGUCAUCGGGUGAGAGCUCGGAGGAAGAGGCUGAGGAAGAGGAGGAAGAAGAAAGGGAGUCAGAAAACGGGGAGUCAUGUGCUAAGCAAUUCAGUCAGGAAACAGACAAGGAGCCCAAGGCCACAGACAGUGAAAACUCCUUGAAACACUGCUGUGAAAAAUGUCAAGCUCUUCAGAGGCCUCAGUAUGAACUUGUCACACCCAGGAAAAUCUCCAAAGGUCGGCUUCUGCUGAUGCUGGAGGACGAGGGGGUGUACGAGUGCUCGUUGACAGGCCUGGUUUUCGAGGUCUCUCAGAAGGUGCAGAUCCGCUACUGUAUUCUUUCCUGGAGCAAGUUCGGUACCUACCUGAAUGAUUCAUGGAAGUUUGCCGGGCCUAUUUUUGAUGUGGACUGUGACCCGUCCAUCCUCAAGUCCAUUCAGUUCCCUCAUUCACUCUGCCUGGCAGACCGGGAGAGUGAGGUCAAAUUCAGUGUCCUUCAUGUAAAGAACAAUCAGGGUCUCAUCGAACCAUCGGUGGACCACUCUCGCAACCACAUAAAGUGGAGCGUGUCCUCUCUGUCUCCUGUCGGGCCCAUCGUUCAGACCACUAAGCCAGCAGAGCACCACGGGGUCGUCCUGGUCUAUAAGGAGGUGGGCCAGCCGGACUCGUACUCCUUCAGGGUCUACCUGACUUCUAACAACGACUCUGACAUCAAUGACAUUCGGAAGGAGGUGAGGACCUCGAAGAAGAGGUACAUGAAGAUAGAGAAGCCGCCCAUAUGCCAGAAGCUGCUGGAAGAGAACAGAAAGUACCGUCUGAUCAGCGACUCAGAGGGGGACAUCACCCCAGAGGAUAUCCAGUUCACCUUAGCGGUGGUGAAGAUGAAGGGUUACUUCGAGGCAUUCUUUGAGCAGCGUCCUCCAUUCAAGCUCUCCCUGAUGGAGGCCGACUCUGAGCAAACUGUGUGGUCAGCUACCAUUCGGGAGAGAGACUGUGUGGACAACAGUGCUGAAAAAACUCAGAAGCGAAGAGAGAAUCGGAAACGAAGCAGCAGCACAUCAGAGGAGGAGCUGGCCAAUAAAAGAGCUCGAUGGGGCGAUGAGUCAGACGGUCCCAGAGCAACCAAAGACAUGACAGACCAGCAGCUGAUGUUGGUGGCUAAAUGCAUGGGGAAGGAGUGGAAGACAGUAGCCAUCAGCUACCUGGACUUGACCAAGCUUGUCCUGGAAGACCUGAUUGAGUCCAAGGAGCAGGACCUGACGAUGAUGAAGUUCAACAUGCUGGACUUGUGGAGGAGAAGGCAGCCCAAAGGAGAAGCUGGAGUCACGCACCUCCUUAUGAAACUCAACCACAACGACGUGCCUAACGAAGUCAUCAGCUUACUUCAGGACAUGCUUAAAAAUAAGUAAUUCCCCUUGAUGAGUCCGGUGGAUGCAAAAAGUGGACAGAUCAUUGAUGAACUGAGGUCUGAUCACUUCCGUCCAGCGUCCUCAAACCUUAAACUUGAAGCUUGUUUGUGUCUCCAACAUGGGUCACUCAACCACUGGUAAACCGCCCUGUUUCAAAACGGUCCCUUCUUAAUCAUCCUGACCAACUUUCACUCAUUUCAUUUUGACCACUAUUUGAGGAAGGUCAGUCGAAUCAUUCCUUUUGGUUAGGGUCUGAUCGAUAUGACAUUUAUACUGACCGAUACUGAUAUCGAUUUUAAGGAGGUAAAAAUUUGGAUAACCAAUAAUAUCAGCCAAUAUGUUGUAAAAUAAAAUUCCAGUAUGACUGCCAAUCCUCAGCUUUCACAUUUCUUAAACAGCAGGAACUCACAAUGACUUUCACAUAUAGUGUAGCUUCCCACAAUCCUUUGCAGGUUUGGUUUCUGUUAUUAGCUAUGGUUUUAUCAUAGCUAGUUCUCUUUAUAGAAAGGUGUUUUUUGUAUUAUAACAUGUAAUCGCAACAUGGUAAUGCUAAACUUUAGGAUUGGAUACAUGUUUUCAUUAUUCUAGCCAUAAUGGGUGGGGUUUUGUUUUCAGAUUAAAAUCUCUCUGUCACAUCAGUUGGACAAUAUUGAUGAAAACGUGGCAGAAAUCGAACCUCCUGUCUGUAACUGCGAACGACCCAACACGAGGCACCUUCUGGUGAACUGUCUCACCGCAAGACGGACUGAACUGGAUGAUCAGAACACAAAAACACCAUCUUACAAUAAUAACAAAAUAAAAAACAUAAAAAUGUCUCUAAAUCUAACCCCUGCAAAAGAAUAAGAAGUUAUAAAAAACCUUUUUUCAUUAUGAAAAGAAAUAAUGAAAUAUAUGAAAACAAGAGGUAAUUAACAGAAGCCAAAAUUGCAAAGAAUGCUGGGUAUCUACAAUAUUUAAGACUGUUGGUCUCAGCUGUUUGUAUUUAGAAAAGACCACUCAGAACAGUCAUACCAGUCAGUAAAGCACUGUUUAAAACUGCUGAGUUAUAAAAUUAAAGUCUCAAUGAUAUCGGCCAAUAAUAUCGGUUAUUGGAAUUUUUUACACUCCUUUCAAUCCGUUUCGAUAUCGGCCACAGAAAUUUCAUAUCGCCUGGACCCUAAUUUACCUGUUCAGCCUGCACUGAGGGUGCAGUCUUUGUAAUUAUGGGUGUAUAAGCUUGAAUCGUUACAUUUUUAAGCCAGUAAAAAAAAUAUUGCUGAUACUGAUAAAUGUCUGUUAUUAGCCAGUAUAUUCAUGAAGGGAAAAUUGAUGGGAAGACAAUAAUCCCAAAGGCGGGCCAGUUGAAUUCAUCCUCAUAUGAGGGAUAUUGUGCAGCUGUAAUUACCUACUGUGACACGGUGCUCCAAAGCAAGCCAUUAGAACUCUACUUGAGUGAAUAUUUUCUCUGUGUACUUUGUUAUAUGCUGUGUACUUUGUUAUAUGCUUCCAUCAUGACAUGGCUGUUUUCUCAUUGUAUGUUCUUGUUUUUUUUCCCCAAAUGGAAAAGUGAAACUCUUUGUGUUUACGAACAUUGUGGUGACUCAGACUCAGAGGAAAACCUAAUCAUGUUUACUUAUUACACUAGGGUUAUAUUUUUGGGUCGCGACCUGGAGAGUUAACUCAAAGACUUCAUCUCAAGGACCAAUGAGUUCCCAACAGUGGCACAAAAGAGCACUGGUAACAUGUACUUUGUUUUUUAUUGUAAAUCAUGUAAAUCAUUAUACACUCUCAAAACGUGUUAAUUAACAGCAUAUUUUCUGUUUUACCACUAUGUUAACAUAUUUUUUUGAGGCCAGAUGAACAUAUGAUAUAAUCUAGUUUAUGCUAUUAAAUUACUUUCAUUAUAAUAACAUUACUUUCGCUUUCUUUUUGAAUAUAGUUACAUACAGUUCUGUGCAAAAGUCAGAUUCCCCUUUAUUUACUUCAAACUGCCAUUGAGUACCAGUUCUUCAUUUUUCAGGCGAGAUUAGAUAUAAAAUAAUCCACUUGCAUAAGGAAGGAGAGAGUCAAAGGAAAAUAAACAAAGAGCUUCCAAAACUUGAAUAUCGCUAAUACUGAUAAAUCUGCGGGUCCAAUAUCAGCUAGUAUGUUCUUGAUGGGAAAAUUGAUGGGGGGACAAUAAUCCCAAACGUUCCUAAACCUUUAAUGAUUAAAGGUUGCAGAGAGCCUGGGACUCCUAACAACCACCUGGAAGACUUGGUAGACACCCAAACUGCCCCCAUCAGAUAAACAGCACUUAAAGUUUUCAUCUUUGAGAGAGAGGAGAAA